CCUGGAUGCAACCAGUCACUCCGCAGCCCUGAUACGGCAUGCCGUCAGCUCGCGCCGGUGCCUCAGCCUGCCUCAGUCCGCCAGUUUCUCCAUCCGCCAGUUUUUCCGUGAACAGCAUAUGUAGUCAACCUAAGCAGGUUGCCGGUGUGUGUGUGUGGCUCUGCUACAAUAGUCUAGUCACCAUGGGCCUCACCAUCCAAACAACGGCUAUUUUGCUCAUCAUCGUGACCAUCAUCGCCAUCUACGGGGUCUCCAGGAAUUCAUUUGAUGAGAAGUUUGCUUCCGUGCUCGUGGCAAGAUGCAUCAACACCAGCAGCAGCAACAGCGCCAGGCCCUCACCUCCGCCCACCAGAGCACCAAGGGACGGGGCCUUCUAUCGGGAGGCAGACAUCGCCACGUGGGACGAGGAUUGGGGUAAGGGGUACAGGUGA